AUGCCCCCUAGACAUGGGCAAUCCCAAUUGAUCUCUCCCGUCUCGGGGUUAAAGGCGCCUUCGCUAUCGGCUUCCUCUUCAAGUUCCCCUGUGGGGGCAAGGUCUGGCUUUUCUGUGGAAGAGGGAGGCGGAGGGGUUGUGGUUUCUGACUUGGGGGGCGUCGAGGGAGGUUUCGAUGUGGCUUUUGCUCUCUUCGCCGCCGUUAUGGAGUCGAGAGUUGGUAGAGACGUGUCAUCUUCACUCUCAUUAGAAGCGAAAGUAGGAGCAAGGGCCCAUCUCAAUGCUGUGCCCUUCCAGCUUGAAGGCUUACGCGAUGGCGAUGCGGAGUCGGUGUUUAUGAAUCGUUUUGCUUGGGCAAACCGGACAGGUUUGGGAGCGGAGAAUGCUAUUCGAAAACAAGAUCGCGAUGCCGGUCUAAACAUCAUGAAAUACGGAAUUAAGUGCCAGCAAAUCUAG